AUGAUAAUAUUGAGUGCUUUAUUCUUUUACGUGCUUUCAGGACAGACAUACUUGAGUAAUGAUUACUUGAUGCCUUGUCUCGAGUCUUUAUCUACGAAAUGGCAUCUAAGUGAGACAGGAACGGGCAUUUUGAUGGCUUUGGGGAUGUCAAUACCAGAAUUGACAACUAAUAUAUUGUCCUGUUUCAAGUCGUCUAGAAUAGGAUAUGGAUUUGGAGCAAUAGUGGGAAGCGGAGUUUUCGACUUUACUGUUUGUUUUGGUUUGAUGUCACUGUUCUCAAACUAUUAUCACAAGAGAGCUUUGAGGAUGAAUCUAAAGGCAUUGAUGAGAGACAUAUAUGUAUACUUGCUCACACUGUUAUUUUUGACGUUCGUCUUUUGGGAUUACGAAAUCUCUCUCACAGAAGCCUUGAUUCUAACACUCUUCUACCCAUCCUACUUGCUAUACUCCUUAGUUCAAAUGGAAUAGAAGGACGAUUUCUAACUCUCACACCAAAAGCAUCACUUCCCAACUCUAUUGCAAUUCCUCGAUUUUCAUCCUGAACAAGCCGAAGAUUUGGAUGUGGAUGGCAAGGAAAUCGGACAAGAGAAUCAGUAGGAACAAGUAUAAGAAGAAUAAUAGCCAUCCAAAAUAUUAUUGCCCUUUACAUUGUUAUUCAAGUUUACAAUUCCAAAGCAUCCAGAAUUAGCGUUUAUUAUAAUUUCAUUCUAUUGUUUUCUUACUGUCAAUGUUACGAUGACUGUUGUUGAUGAAUUUGUUGAGCAGUUCUCAGUGAGUCCUGCCUUUGUUGGACUAACAAUAGCAAGUUGGGGAGGAAAUAUCUAAGAUAUUUUAAAUGCUUCACUAGCUGCCAAGAAUAAAAAAACUGAGUUGGCUACUUCGAGUAUCAUAGGCAGUCAAAUAAUGAAUUUAUAAAUCUGCUUAGGAUUUCCUUGGGUUUUGACUAUGUUGAUUUGGCAAAGGAAUAUCACAUUUUAUGAUGAAACUAUAUCAUAAUCGAUGUUGGCCAUCAUGACGGUGGUGCUCACUUCGUUCUUCUUGAUGUUAUAACAGAAACUGAGAUUGACAUACAAAUUGGGAGUGAUGUUGCUGAGCAUUUAUCUUCUGUAUUUUAUUUAUGAAUUACUAUAACAAUGA